AUGACACCUAAGAAGAUUAUCAUUGAUACUGACCCGGGUAUUGAUGACAUCCUUGCCCUACUGCUUGCUCUGUCUGCCAAGCCAGAGGAUGUUGAGGUUCUGCUAAUUUCUUUGACUUUUGGUAAUAUCGAAGUAAAGAGCUGUCUUCGCAAUGCGGUGUCCAUGUUCCACAUCCUCGAGCGGGAGAUGCAGUGGCGUCGUGAUAACGGCAAGCCAGAAGGCUACGGUGCUCUGCGUGCUUCUCGCCCAAUAGUCGCAGUUGGUGCAGAGGAUCCAUUGGAAAACCAGAAGAUGCUCGCAGAUUACUUCCACGGAACCGAUGGCCUUGGCGGCAUCCAUGCCACUCACCCUCAUCUCACACCCAGCACCGCCUGGGAGCAUCUCUUUGAUCCGACGUUGGAUCCCGAGGGCAUCCAACCAGUGCAGACAGGCGCCGGCCCUGAUGACCAUUCUUAUAUUCCCUCCAGACUUCCUGCCCAUAAGGAAAUUCUUCGGGCUCUCCGCGCGAAUGAGCCCGAUACCAUCACCAUUGUGGCCGUUGGACCGCUUACCAAUCUGGCUUUGGCUGCCGCAGAGGAUCCAGAGACUUUCCUCCGUGUCAAGGAGGUUGUUGUCAUGGGCGGUGCUAUCAAUGAGCCUGGAAAUGUCACCCCAGUUGGCGAAUUCAAUGCUUAUGCGGAUGCCGUCGCCGCUGCCCGAGUAUUCGCCCUCACAUCACCCAAUCCCAACUCAACCUUGCCAUUGACGACUAGCACCCUGCUACAACCUUAUCCGGCAAAUCUCAGCAAGCAAUUGACUCUGCGCCUUUUCCCUCUGGAUAUUACUUUGCGUCACAACCUCUCCCGCGGUCAGCUCCGCAAAGCCGUCGACCCGCUUCUCUCUGCCGGUUCUCCUCUGGCUGAGUGGGUCAAUGCAUUCAUGGGACAUACGUUCCGCACUUUGGAGCGUCUACACCCGGGUCAAGUUGGAGAUAAUGCUGAGUUGAGUAUGCACGAUCCAGUCUGUGUCUGGUAUGCCCUCACGGCCGAGGAUCCCAAAUGGGUCCCUUCGGCCAACUCCCCCGAGGACAUCCGUAUUGAAACAUCGGGACAGUGGACUCGUGGUAUGUGUAUUACUGACCGCAGAAAUCGCCAUAAGAUCGAAAGUGAUGUCGAGAGCUCGAGUGAUCAUGGCCUGUGGUUGAGUGCUCGAGCUGGUAACCGUAUUUUGCGAAUGGAUGGAUCGCCCGCGGAAGCCAACUUUGGCCAGAUUAUGAUUGAAAAUCUGUUUGGUUAG